AAUAAAACACUCGGUUCUUUUCUCACACACACUACACACUGGUACUGUCACUAUUAAUAAAUUUAUUCGUUGACAAGUUUGUAAAAUAUUUAUUUAUUAUAAAUUAACAAUGGAUCCAGCAGUCUUCCCUGAGGAAAUAUGGAUUAAAAUAUUAUUAUACUGUGAUGUACCUGACAUUAUUGCGUUCGGGAGUACCUGCAAAUAUUUAAGAAAAACAUCUGACACCGACUAUCUGUGGAAAAUGAAAUGGUUACAACUAUUAUCAAAGGUACACUUUAAAUUUCCUGAUAUAAAAUGUUUACAAUUGCUCAGCGUAAGUUUCAAAGCAAUGUGUUAUCGUCUGCAUAUGGUGAUAACACUUGGAGAGAAUGUCAACGGAGGGACAUUUCCAAAAUGCUAUCACUGCAGCGGGUACACGUGCCAGCGUAACUGCGUCGAAGGUUCCAGUGCUAAAGUCGUAAUCGAGAUUGGGAAUAAAUACACAUGGGUAAUAACCCCGCAUUCAGGAUUACGCAGGCAUUUUUCGUUGUUCGGAAUCCCCAAGUGCGACAGCAAAACUCAUGUGCAAAAUACGCACCCGCCACCCGCUGACAAACCGUGUGAGAAGUUGAACGUAUGUGGCGGUGGCACCGGUACCAGUACAAGUAGUCGCAUUAAGUCUGAUUGUAAAUCAAUAGCCAAGAAACUUAAAUCAUUGAAGCUGUCGGAACUGACAACGACUAAAAUACCCCGUCCCAGUGGACCUUUCUGUGUAUUUUGUAACUCUGUUAAGUUGUAUAGAGAAAAGAAGAGAUUGAUAACGCAUCCGCUGGAGGCGAUGUGCUACACCCGAGCUAAUCCUUUGUACCAGAAGCUGGUCAACGGAUACUGCACGGACACUAUUGAAGUACUUGGGAUUCCCAAUGUCGACGUAGUCAGUCCAGCAGAGGCUUUACUUAGCGAUGGGUCUUUUUCAGUCUUGAGGACAUUCGUUGAUCACUUGUUCCAUCAAAUGGAACUCACGGGUACUCUGCGUAAACCCAAUGCUGUAUUGAUGUUCUGCGAGCCAUUGGCGAUGCAACCGGUACUGAGAAAGCAGCUGCUUCAUUAUCUUUUCCAGGAAGUUAAAGUAGCCAGAGUAUGCUUGGUUCCAAAGCCGCUGGCGGCAUGUGCGAUGCUUGAUGUUGAAACUUGUGUGGUAGUAGACAGCGGGGCUCUAAGCACAACUGUCGCUGUGGUUAUUGGAGGCCGUGUGAUACCACACCGCUGGCGAUUGCUUCCAGUUGGAGGCUGGCAUGUCGCUUAUCAUCUCAAGCAAGCCAUGCACUGGCAACCUAAAGAGUAUCAUCAGAUCCCGAUCUCACAUCUCGAUACGAUGGCUGUCAAAGAGAGAUGCAGAUUAAGUUACAAUAUUGAGAGUGAAGAGCUGAGAAAAGGGCCGACGAAAAGGGAGCAUAUUAACUUGAGAGUUGACAGCUACGCUGAAUACAAACAGUUUUGGAAAGUCUCAUUAGGGCCAGAAUUGUACGUCGCUCCAGAGAUGAUGUACAUCAGUCUAGGUCUGCCGCAAAUAAUAAAAGACGUGACGGCCGGUUUGUCUGAGAACACGAUGCAAGAUUGUUUGUCGCACAUUCUUUUAACGGGUGGCAAUACCGACCUAGCAGGUUUUGCACUGAGAUUGAAAAAGGAUUUGCGCGAAACCUUGCCGGACUAUGAGUCUGUUCUUGAAGUAAGAAGUUGUCCAGGUACACACAGUUGGAAUGUUGCGAUGGGAUCAACGUACGUCCCGUUAGCUGUCCAUCCUGAUAAAACACCACCUGAGUAUGUCGAAGGCAAUCCAUUCUGGCUCUCCCGCGAGGAAUACGUUCUCUUCGGCUGUCAAUCUUUGGAAUAAUUACAUAAAAGCAAUUAACUGUUAGGUAAAUAAUGAAGCAUGUCUCAUUGAAGAAAAAAAAAACAAAUUGGCAAAUAGGUAAUCGUUUAAUUGUAACAAAUUCGUCCGUAAUUAAUACGAUUUUUACAUAAAGUAAUUUUAAAAAUCGUGGAAUGUUGAUAACGAUUAAAUAUAGUUUAUCUCACGUUGCAUAUUAACUACUAACUGUUUAUUAAUCGGACUAAAGGAUAAAUUAUUUAAUAAAAAAGUUUAGUCAUUGAUAAAUAUGACAUUGAUAAUAUAUUUGGCAUUAAAAAUUAAUUUAAAUAAUUUAUUGACGCGAACCGCGAAUUGAUAAUUGAAAUAAUGAACAUAUAUAUAUAAUAAUAGUUAAAUUAAUUAAUUAAAUUAAAAGAUUUUGUUAUUUUGUUUAAUAUUUUUGUUGAAGAUUUUAUAGUAUACAUUAGUAUUUAAAUAUUUAAGAACCAAAUGACUUAUUAUAAAUCCCUUUUAUUUUUCACUUAUCGAUAAUACGUUCGAUCUGUAUAUCGAUCAUUAUUAAUCGACAUGUAAAUAAAUAAGUUAAGAAAUUAAUGCUUUAUCGCGGGAAUUAAUAGUGAAGAGAAAAUAAUAUUAAUAUUAAUAAUAAUAAUAAUAUGAUGAGAAUAAUAAAAUUAAUAGAUAAAAGUUUAAAUAAACAAGUAAAAGUAAAAUGUAGAUUGGAAGCUUAAUCAAAACUUCAAGACUCUUGGUCUACUUUGUAAAUUUAUAUGAAAAACUUCUUGCCAAACGAUUAAGACAAUUAUAAUAGUAUCAAUUAAAAGUAAUAAACAAGUAUGAAUAAAUAUAUAAAUAUAAAUAAAUAUAGCGGUCCUUCUAGUCAAAGCGCGCCUGGUUGUUUAUUAGUUAUAAAUUAUUAUUGAAUAUUGAUAAUUUAAAUUAAAUUGUUUUUUCGAUGUGUAAAAAAAUUAUAUAGUUUUGUUGUUAUUUUACAUACAAAUACAUAAUCAAGUUACGUAUGUUAAUUAGUAUAUAUAUUCUAUUUAGAUAAAAAAAUGUUUUAUGAUUAUUGUUUAUUAUGAGUGUGGGAAUACUUUUUUAACAAAAGGGAAUUUUUAUGUCCUUUUGGGUUUAAGAAGCUCCUUGAUGCCAAAAGCGUGAAUAAAAAUAUGUAAUUUUUGAAUUAGUAGCGCGAUUUGAUGAAAAAUUAUUAAAUAAUUCAAAAUUUCUUUUAAUUAAAUUUUCAAAUUAUCCCGCUAAAAUUCAAAUUAAAUUUCUACUUGAUUAUAAACUCAGUACUAAAAUAAUUAUUUGAUAAUUUACAAACAAUUAACAUUACCUCGCCCGAUAAGAAUAAUUUUCACAUACUAAUUAUUCCCAGACUCUUAUUGUUUAUAUUUAUAAUUACGUUAUUGAAUCUCAUUGACAUCUUAAUAUUCCAUCCACAUUCCAUGUUAUUCAUUUAGUUUGUUUUAAUAAACUUAUUAAUGUCAUUUAAAAGAGUAAUUAAUAUUAUUUUUUAUUUAUUGUAAAUAAUAAAUAAUAUAUCACAUAUAUUUAUUAUAUCUUUACAUUAUUUAUUUAAUAGAAACAUCAAAGUACAUAUUUUAAAGAAAACUACACGAGGUAUUUACACACAUACAUGCGCCCAUGUAUUUUUUUUUUUGUUCAAAAUUUAUUAAUUAAUUAAUUAAUUAUAGUUAUAGUAAUAACUAAUUAUUUAUUGUUAAAAAUUGUAUGCUUUGUGAAUAAAAAUGUUUUUAAUUUAUAUCUUUAAUCAUAAAUUUAUAACAGAAAAUAUAAAUCGUAAGAAGU